AUGGCAAUUCGUUUUGGCAAUCAAGCCAUUGUAAUUUUUGCGGUACUAUUGAUAGGAUCAAUAUACCCUAUACAAUCUCUGGUGUUGGACCUUACUCGUACGUAUUUUAACCCAUGCAUUGAUGUGUUCGAAGGAACUUUUAAGAAUGGAGGUAUUUAUAGGAUGUUUCACUCACACGAUCCCAUUAUACGCCUUGUCACAUACGGCCAAGAAGUUCUGGGUCCUUCAACAACUCGUGUUGCCUUUCCAUCAGAUGUUUACGUUCAAGAAUAUCGACGCGGUGAUCGCAGGAUUGUUGCUGUUACUCACUUUAUCACGGAGGGUGCCAGAUUGCUAAAAACAACGUAUUAUAAAAUCGUAGGUACCAGAGUCUCUGCGGCAACACGCCCUGUGAAGAACGCUUUCAUAGGAGGACCGAUAUCAUUGAAAUUAGAUUUAGAUUCGCCAAAGGCACAUCCAUUCAUAAGUGCAUCAGAUAAGGAUGGGGAAUACCAACCUAGCGUGUGGUCCAUUAUUCCACGUUCACGUUACCCGGGCGAACCUGCUGUAGGCCGCAUGAUUUUUCGUUAUGAAGUAUAUUUCAUAUCUCCGGUUAUCAACAUAGAUCAACAAUUUCGCGAUCACAACAGCCCUUCACCGUCACUCAUUUCCCACAGCACGAACAUCCGGGUGUCCCGUACGGGUGAUUCCACGAUUAUCUCUAUAAAACAUGGAUCCUUCUCUGGGCGUUUUAUCGCACGAACACCACCAACGGGAGAUGGUAUUUUCAGGCCAAAAAAUAUAAUACUAAGUUCAUACGAUUUCAGCGCGUGUACACAAGGUCCGCAUCUGACUAGGCGUGAUGUGUUAAAGAUAGACAUCUCUAGCAUCGAGACUAACGUGCCAGAGAUUGUUAUUCUGGCUAACCUUAGGCGUGGCGAUUGGUUGUAUACACAGUACAGCUUAUGA